CCAUUACCAGAAGGAGAUAACCUUCCAGAAUAUCAUACUUAUUGUGGUAAAUAUGUUGUUAAUAAUACAAGAAGAGAACCAAUUGAUUUAUGUGGAAAACAAUUUAAUCAAGGAUCAUGUGGUUCAUGUUAUGCAGCUUCAACAGCAAAUUUAGGACAAUAUCUUUAUGCUAAUAUUUCAUAUUAUUAUAAUGACAAAGAUAUUAAUAAAACUGUUAAACCAUUAUUUACACCACAACGUUGGAUUGAUAAAGCAAUUCCAGGAGGAUCAAAUCUUCAAAUUAGUAAAAGAUGUUGUGGAGGAAAUGUAAUGAAUAUUCUUGAUGCAGAACCAUCAUAUUCACUUGAAUCAGAUUAUCGAUAUAUUGAUGGUUCAGGAUCAACAAGUACAUCAUGUUCACCACGAGGAGAUCAAAAUCCAAAUGUUAAAAUUCAAAUGAGAAAUGAUCAUUAUCAUAUUUUUGCUGUUACAGGAACUCAUCAAGAAAAAGUUCAUAUAUUAAAAAAGAUUCUUCAUCAUUAUGGACCUAUUUCAACUUCUAUUUACACUAGUGUAGAUCCUGCAUUUGGAAAUGUAGGAAGUGGAAUUUAUACAUUCCCAUCAUCAUGUACUGACAAUACUCAAACAGAUCAUCAAGUUAUUAUUGUUGGUUAUGGUAAAGGAAGAUGGAAGAGAAUUCUUUAUUAUGAGAAAUUCAUGGUAUGA